UAUGUGCCAAGAGAACAGGAAGCGAACACUUUCAGACUCCGAAGCUGAUGUUGCUGUCUACUCCCUUCUUUCUGUGAAUGAUACUGGCUGUGCUCAAUCCCUUCGGCUAGUUGAAACGCAAGCGAGAGAGUCAGAUUAGAAGAAGAUGGGAUGUACUCUGAGCACGGACGACAAGGCGGCGCAGGAGCGGAGCAAGAUGAUCGACAGGAAUCUGCGGGACGACGGAGAAAAGGCAGCCCGGGAGGUCAAGCUGCUGCUGCUCGGUGCUGGAGAGUCUGGAAAAAGCACAAUUGUUAAACAGAUGAAGAUCAUCCAUGAAGCGGGCUACUCAGAGGAGGAGUGUAAGCAGUACAAGGCCGUGGUCUACAGCAACACCAUCCAGUCCAUCAUUGCCAUCAUCAGAGCUAUGGGACGCCUCAAGAUCGACUUUGCUGAUCCAGCCCGAGCGGAUGAUGCACGGCAGCUGUUCGUCCUGGCCGGUUCAGCAGAAGAGGGCUUCAUGACAGUGGAACUAGCCGGGGUCAUCCAGCGGCUGUGGAAGGACGGAGGCGUUCAGGCCUGCUUCAGCCGCUCCCGAGAGUACCAGCUCAACGACUCUGCUGCUUACUACCUAAACGACUUGGACAGGAUAUCCCACAGUGCUUAUGUGCCCACCCAACAGGAUGUGCUGCGGACCAGAGUCAAAACUACUGGUAUUGUGGAAACACAUUUCACUUUCAAGGACCUGCACUUCAAAAUGUUUGAUGUGGGCGGACAGAGAUCAGAGAGGAAGAAGUGGAUCCAUUGUUUUGAGGGAGUCACCGCCAUCAUCUUCUGUGUGGCUCUGAGUGACUAUGACCUGGUGCUGGCUGAGGAUGAGGAGAUGAAUCGAAUGCAUGAGAGCAUGAAGCUGUUUGACUCCAUCUGCAACAACAAGUGGUUCACAGACACCUCCAUCAUCCUCUUCCUCAACAAGAAAGACCUGUUUGAGGAAAAGAUCAAAAAGAGCCCGCUCACAAUCUGCUACCCAGAAUAUGCAGGCUCCAACACCUACGAGGAGGCAGCAGCGUACAUUCAGUGUCAGUUUGAGGACCUGAACAAGAGAAAGGACACCAAGGAGAUCUACACCCACUUCACCUGUGCCACCGACACCAAGAACGUGCAGUUUGUGUUUGAUGCCGUCACCGACGUCAUCAUCAAGAACAACCUGAAGGACUGUGGGCUUUUCUGAAGGCAGCCUGGUGGCCGGCUUAACGAGUGACUUUAUUCAAGGGGACUUUGACUGGAGGGGACUUCAUGGACCCUGCUGAGAAUGUCACUUUUAACCUCUUAUUAACUUAUGUUCAUCUCUAAAAGUUUUAAAGACGGUGUGUAGAAAAAACCUUUUGUGUAAAAUAUUUGUACAACGGUCUAUGGCUGGGGAUUUUUCACAGUUUUUAAAAUGUGCUUGUUUUACCUUUUAUUAUCGUUGUUUUAAAAUUUUAUAUAAAAAGGGGGGCCUUGACAUUGUUUUUGUCCAUGAAUGAACACUUUUUGUCUUUUGUUUGUAGGUCCUUGUGCCUUGCAUGCGUUAGUUGCAGUGUUUUCUUUUUGUUCAGUUAGAUAUAGAUGUAUGUAGAUGUUACCAUGAACGCGCUUCUC